UCCAGGUGACAAGGGAUCUGAGGGAACAUGCCUCCUGUAGGACCUCCUUAUCAUGGGUCUCCAAGCUCUGCUUCCACAUGUUGUUAAGCUACCAAGUACCACCGUCCUUGAGCCGCACAUGUGAAUACCAGCACUCACGCACGCCAACACCCAGAUAUUCCACCUCCCACUCCUUCCUCCCUCUCAUCCAGCAGAAAAACAUAUGGGAGAACUCGCUCGCGAGAAUUCCAAGAAACCUCGACUCAGAGACCUGUGAUCCAUCGAGCACGCAUCUCACCACCAGUGGCACUUUCUUCCAUGAAAAUCCGCACCGGCUCUCACAAGUAUUGUCAAAGAACACCCUCCUCUUCUUCUCUCCACUUUGGUAUGAAGUUUUCAGAUUCCACUUUUCCAAGAAGCGCUAUCAGCCUUGCCCUUCUUGCCACUCACAACCCACCCUCCACCAGUCUUUAACUCUGAAUACCGUUGAGGCUUCUCCUUCAAGUCGUGCUAUUUCCGCCUCCAGAUUUGACGGUCAUCUCAUGCACCAAUUUCUUGCUAAAUCUUCCGCUCUCUAUUGGUAAUUCCUGCCAUCGCGCUGUCGCAGUCACUCUUAAACCGUGUGAGUUUGGUAGGAAUGACUAUUGGAAUGGUUCGUGCUAUUAAUGUUGAAGAAAUGUUAAUGGAGUGCUUGAAAUGAACUGCGCCAAAACAAAAGUUUGGGGCACCGAGUCGGCUUUGUGCGUUUCGCAAAAAGUUUAGGGGUUGCACUUUCCUCGGUGUCUCGCGGUCCCAAGUGAGUAGAAAAAUCCAGAGGCUUAUACACGAGAGAAAGUCAAGCAAGUAUUGGUUAUUUGUUUUAG